CGUAUUAAUGCAACAAGAAAUUUAAGCAUUCCUCCUUGUUCCCAAGGAUUCUGAUUUCACCAUCAAAAACAUACCAUUCGGUGUUGCAUCCAAAGCUGAUGGUCUUCCCUUUCCAGCCACCAUCAUAGGUGAUUCUGUGAUCAAUUUGGCCAAACUUGAAGAAUUGGGAUAUUUUAACGGACCUCUAUUUUCUACUUUAGGAUCGAAAGUCUUUGAUAAUGGAAAUUUAAACAAAUUUGUUUCACUCUCAAGACCAUAUUGGAAAGAAGUCAGAUCUUAGAUCCAAUCUUUAUUUUCAACUGGAAGCCAAUUGGAAAAUAAUAAAGAAGUCUUGGCUUAGGUUAUCACACCUGUUCAAGAUACCAAAAAUCAUUUGCCAAUCACAAUUGGAGAAUACACAGAUUUUUAUUCUUCUAAGAAUCAUGCUUUUAAUAUGGGAUCUAUUAUCAGAGGACCUGACAAUGCCAUGCAACCAAAUUGGUACCAUUUGCCUGUUGGAUAUCAUGGAAGAAGAUCAUCAAUUGUUGUUGAUGGAACAGAUAUAAGAAGACCUUGGGGUUAAGUUAAGGCUCCAACAGCUGAGAAACCAUCAUUCACUAAGUGCAAAAGACUAGAUUAUGAAUUAGAAAUCGGAGCAGUUAUCGGAGGAGCUCCAAACAAUUUGGGAGAACCAAUUAGAGUCAAUCAAGCUGAAGAUAGAGUCUUUGGGUUUGUGAUUCUAAAUGAUUGGUCAGCCAGAGAUGUUCAGGUCUGGGAGUAUGUUCCCCUAGGUCCUUUUGGAGCCAAAAACUUUGCAUCCACCAUAUCUCCUUGGAUUGUUACCAUCGAAGCCUUAGAACCAUUCCGCAUUUAAUUACCAGAAUAAGAUCCAGAACCAUUCGUCUACUUAAAAGAGAAGAAUCAUACAUCUUUCGAUAUUAAUUUGGAAGUCCUCAUUGGAACAGAGAAGACUCCAGAAUUGGAACAUUUUACUACCAGCAAUUUUAAGUAUAUGUAUUGGAGUGUGAAUCAAUAAAUUGCUCAUCAUUCCGUUACUGGUUGCAAUAUUUAACCAGGAGAUCUCUUUGGAUCUGGAACAAUCUCAGGAACUACUAAGGAUGGCAGAGGAUGUUUAAUGGAAUACACUUGGAAUGGAAAGGAGCCUUUGGUAUUGAAAUCAGGUGAACAAAGAUUGUUUUUGGAGGAUGGCGAUGUCCUUGAAAUGAGGGGAUUUGCAGGAGAGGGAGAAAAUCGUGUUGGCUUUGGCAGAUGCAAAGGAAAGAUUUUACCUGCUUUAGAUGAGAAUUAUUUCUAAUAAUGAAAGUUAAAUAUUAUCAAUAUUAAAAUUUAUAUUAAAAAAU